AUGGCUGAGAAUUUUGAUGAUGAUGGGGUUGCUCAACAAAUUGUUAAUCCCAUCAUAUUGGCAGAUGAUCGAGCAAGGGCUAUAAGGGAGUAUGCAGCCCCCAUGUUUAAUGAGCUCAAUCCAGGCAUUGUGAGGCCUGAAAUACAAGCACCGCAGUUUGAGCUCAAGCCAACCAUUGCAAGUAACAACUACCAAUGGUCCAACACAAGAGUUCUAACAAGUAGAAAAGUGGCGGGAGUCCUUGAGGUAGAUGCAAUAACGGCUUUGACAGCUCAAAUGGCUUCCAUGACGAAUGUUUUGAAGAAUUUGAGUAUUGGGAACGCUAAAAAUAUUCAACCAGCUGCUGCCAUUCAAAGUGAUGAUGUCUCAUGUGUGUUUUGUGGAGAAGGGCAUGCGUUUGAGAAGUGUCUAUCUAAUUCGGAGUCCGUUUGUUACAUGGGAAAUCAGAAUUUUAACAGAAACAAUGGGGCAUUCUCAAACUCUUACAAUCAAUCUUGGAAGAAUCAUCCUACUUUGUCUUGGGGAGGUCAAGGAGCAAGCUCAAGCACCACACCAGCCCAAGGAAGACAAGCAUAUCCACCGGGUUUUUCACAACAACCGCGACAUCCACAACAUGCUCAAAAUUCCCAACCAAGUUCUUUGGAGAGUCUAAUGCGGGAUUAUAUGGCCAAAAAUGAUGCGGUGAUACAAAGUCAAGCUGCCUCUCUUCGAAACUUAGAGUUGCAACUUGGACAUUUGGCCAAUGAAUUAAAAGCUAGGCCGCAAGGUUCUUUGCCUAGUGACACGGAAAAUCCAAGGAGGGAUGGGAAGGAACAAUGCAAAUCCAUUCACUUGAGGAGUGAAAUUGCCGAUACUGCACCGCUUGAUACAGCAUCGGGUCAGCAAUCUGACAGUCAGCAAUCCGCACCAGUAUGUACUAAACCACCCAUUCCAUUUCCUCAAAGAUUUCGGAAACAGCAGCAAGAUGGGCAAUUCAAGAAGUUUUUAGAUGUGUUGAAGCAGCUCCAUAUCAAUAUUCCCUUGGUGGAAGCAUUGGAGCAAAUGCCGAACUAUGUCAAGUUCUUAAAAGACAUUUUGACGAAGAAAAGGAGGUUGGGGGAGUUUGAAACUGUAGCUCUUACCGAAGGAUGCAGCGCCAUGUUGAAAAGUAAGAUUCCACCGAAGUUGAAGGAUCCGGGUAGUUUUACAAUCCCUUGUUCUAUUGGGGGGCGGGAUGUUGGAAGAGCUUUAUGUGAUUUGGGUGCAAGCAUCAACCUCAUGCCUAUGUCGAUCUUUAAGAAGUUGGUUAUUGGUGAAGCAUGUCCUACAACUGUUACAUUGCAACUUGCUGACAGGUCCAUGGCCCAUCCGGAAGGAAAAAUAGAAGAUGUUCUAGUACAGGUUGACAAGUUCAUUUUUCCAGCUGAUUUCAUCAUCCUAGACUAUGAAGCUGAUAGAGAUGUGCCUAUUAUCUUGGGUCGACCAUUCCUUGCUACCGAGAGAACUCUGAUUGAUGUGCAAAAUGGGGAGCUCACAAUGAGGGUGAAUGACCAAAAAGUCACCUUUAAUGUGUUCAAUGCUAAAGAUUUCCGGAUGAGAUAG